AACGGAACGUCAGCUGUCAGUUCGGAAUGAACCAUGGCAGAGGCGGCGUUUUCCGAUGAUGGAAAAUAUUAUUCUGCCAUCACACAGGAUGGUAGACUAAGGAUAUGGGACACAGAAACUAAUGUACUCAAACAGGAGUACACGCCAGACUUACAUUUAAGUGCGCCGCCUUCUUGUUUGCAGUGGAUUUCGGUAACACAGUCAGCGGGAUCCCCACAAAAGGGUUCAAAAAGGAAAAGUAUAUCAGAGGAAACACACUGCAUAGCUCUCGGCACUAGAAAUGGAAAGAUCCUUGUAUAUUCCAUAGCACAAGCAAAAGUUGAAACCGUAUUAAACGAUACAAAAACAAACAGUAGUGUAACUACGUUGGAUUGGAAUCGAAAAUAUGGUUUAUAUAGUUGUAAUAAGGAUAAUAAUGUUUACGAAUGGGAAUUAAACAAUUCGUCAAUUAGAUAUAAGUAUAAUAUAAAUUGUGACAAUAAGAGUAAACAUGGAAAUAAUGUUAGUGCCAUCAAAAUUGUUCCGCAUAAUCAGAGCACGAACGCGAGGUUCUUGGUGGCAGCCUCGUUCCAGGUCCGCUUGUGGCGGCUGCACGAGGGCGACGCGACGCUCCUCAAGAACCUCGGACACAACGCGGCCCCCACCGCCGUGCUCGCUGUGGCCGCUGUCAACGAUGUCUGCUGGCUCAUUGAGGGAUCUCAAAACGAACGCCUCCUAUCAUUCUGGGACGUGACCAUCACUGAAGACCAUGUACCCCAGCUCAAUGGUGAAGAGACUCCAUACAAACGACAACGCAGGAAGUCCAUCAGUAAGACCGUGACCACCAUGACGCAGACAUACAACUUUGUACUGGAGGACGCUCCCAGGAUACUGGAUGUGGAGCUGAAGGAUGAUGAUGGAGCAGUCAGGUUGAGGCUGGCAGCGACCACACGGAGCGGUGUCGUGCAUUAUUAUGGACACAUGUUGAAUGGUUCAUCUUUGAAACCGAUCAAACCAUCAGUCACCAUCCAAAUAUCAAGUGGUGACGCUCGUCCGCUGCCGCUGCAGUGCUGCCGGCUGCCACCCAGCGGUGACCUCCUGCUGGGCUACUGGCACGGACCCAUCAUGACCUUUGAGAGAGUGACACCAGACCUGAAAUCAAAGACACAGAUCCUAAUCCGCGGCGAGGCAAAGGAACCGAAGAAGAAGGUGAAACAGACACAGCAGGCCAACGAGGUCAACAAAGUGAAGAGUGAACACGACGCCAAGCAGGUCACGUAUGUGGAGCCCAUGGGAGGCGUCGUCAGGAAGCGGGCUACGCCGGGAGAUACCGUUGAAGUGCCAAUGGAAGCUCGGCUAGCGAACUUGGCUCUCGACAUCAAAGGUCGUGGCAAGUCUGCUGUCAGUCAGAACCUCACCAAGCUGCUGAUGCAGGGACUACACUCCAAGGAUAAAGGAAUAAUCCUGACAGUGCUACAAAAAGACGACCCGCUGGCAGCCCUGCGCACAGUGAGCGCGCUGCCCGCUGACUACGUGCCGCCGCUGUUGGAGCAGCUAGCUGACAUGGCCACCAGGAAGACUAGCCAAUGCGCGUCAGUAUGCACAUGGCUGUCCGCAGUGGUCCGCUGUCACUCGGCGCUGCUGCUGGCCACCAUGGGCUCGCGCUCCUCAGACCACCUCACACAGCUGCUAGCUAUAUUCACUAACAGACGGUCACAUCUAUGUCAACUCCUGAACCUCAAAGGCAGACUGGACCUGACGAUAUCACAGAGGAGUUCAGCAGACAUCGCGCUGAAUGAGGAAGAACCGGUGCUAAAUUAUAAUGAUUCGUCAUCCGAUGAGAUGGAAGCGGAAGCUUACCAGUCGGACAGCGGCGCUUCGUGGGGAGACGACAAGUUCGACUCCGACGCGGAGGCCAGCGCGCCCGACGAGGAAGAAUCCGACGGAGAUUGACCUUAUAUAAUAAAUAGUUCGUUUUCAUA